CCCUUGCAGGCCAGUGUGACUUCGGCCCCAACUGCAGAUUUUCCCACAUGUCUGAGCGAGACCUGCAGGAGCUGAGUAUCCAGGUGGAGGAGGAGCGGCGGGCCAGGGAGUGGCCUCUGGACAUCGCUGACCUCCCCGAGGGCCAUCUGGAGGACUGGCUGGAGGAGAGAGCCAAGCGGCUGAGCUCGGCCCCAAGCAGCAGGGCUGAGCCCAGCAGAGCCAUCGUCUUCCAGUACCCAGUCGGCUGGCCACCCGUCCAGGAGCUGCCGCCAUCUCUGCGGGCACCCCCACCGGGGGGGUGGCCCCUGCAGCCCCGCGUCCAGUGGGGCUAGUCCCUCAUCCACCCUGGCCCCUCCGGGUCAGCUCCCACUGCAGUCACAGUAAAAAUAAGGGCUCCUGCUGGGGACGCUGGGGUCCCCUCCUGCUGUGCCCCUCGGAGCCUCUGAAGCCAUUAGCUUGGCCUGGCCUGGCCCGGCUGAGGCGCAGGAGCGCCCCCACCCGGUGCAGCCCUGGCCCUGGCCAGUCAGCGCCACCCUCCCUCCCUCAUGGGAUGUCUGAGACGGGUGAGGAAACUUCCUGCUGGAUGUUUAUAAACAAAGUGUCACUACGGCGA